UUACAACCAUUCCAAAGCUCAGCAAACUGUUAACUGUUGAGUAAGGUUUUGUAGAAAGAAAGUACUAAAAAAAAAACUUCAUUUUCCAAUUCCAUAAAGGCCAUUGCAGACGACAAUGAUGCGAAGUUGGAGCGCUAAGCUUCGGUCUCUAGCGCUUCAAUCGCCUCACCCUCUGCGGUCUAUCUCUUCUUCUUCUUCUUCUUCUUUUACUUCACGCCGCCUCAUCCACUCCUCCCCACAGCUUCACCAACCCAUCCAUUUUGCUUCGUGUAGAUCGAGGUUCAAUGCCUCUUCAACAACCCAUUCCUCAUUGGCUUUGCAGUCCUUUCUGGCUCCUCCGUUUCCUCCUUCUGUGAAUCAAGUGCGGCAUGUUUCAUCGAGAGAGCGGAAGAAGAGGAGAAAGCCAAUGACACCGGUCACGUCCAAGAUAAAGAAAACCAAAAUGAAGUUUUUUUCGUCUUUCAAGUCCAGGUUUAGGGUGAUGAAUGAUGGGAAUAUUCGGCGUUGGAAGGAGGGAAAGCGGCACAAUGCACAUUUGAAGUCAAAGAAAUCAAAACGUAGGCUCAGACAACCUGGCAUUGUCCCUGCUGCUUAUGCCAAAGUGAUGAAGAAGCUCAAUUUUUGUGGUUAAACAUUAGGAUUCCAAAGUAGGUGCUGCCAAUUCCUGGAAUUAAAGAGGGAAAAAUUCUCCUCCAGCCUUCUGUUUUUUCAUGCUUUCCUCCUACUGCUUGCAUUUCUGUCCCUCAAUCAAGCAGGUUGUAGAGCAGGAUUUUUGUAGCUGGUUGUUUGCAACAAUUGGUAAAUUCAAUUUAAGGCUAUUGCUUAGCCAAAUGAUUCUUAAUAAGUCUGAUAUUACUGUGGAAACUAAUACCAACUCUUUGUGGGCUUACUGUGGUUUUAUAAUCGUUACACGUUUCAUAACCCAAUCAAUAAAGAGUUUUUAGAGGUGAGAAAGUGUUACAUGUU